AAUAUAUAUGUUGCUAUGAAAUCAGAUUGUUUCCACAUGAAAUUAAUACUUGUACAAGUAAAUUUCACUUUGUUUAUCUUCACUGAUAACAGGCAAGUUAUAGAAUGGAUAAAUAUAUCUGUUUUAGCGUGUAGUUUUUUGUCUGUAGGAUAGGAAUCUGUUUCUGUUUUGCAACUAGCCUGUAAUGAUUUUUCGUUUGAGAAUCUUAAUACUAUUUUGAAGACUUUGUAAAUCACUUGCAAAACAGAAAGAGGUAACAUUGUUUCUUUACAAUUGUUUUCUUAUUAUUCUGUCUUCCUUAAGAUGCUACAAUGCUGUUGGAAUGUUUCGAAAUGUAUGCAGUUUUAUAAUAGUAGAAAUAUUUGCCAGUGGUAAAUCUAACUUAAAUCAAUAAUUGAAUUUAUUAAGUGGUCUCAUUCAUAGAAUCAUUUGGUUGGAUCUUGGAGAUCGUCAAGUCCAACUGUACCUGUCCACUACUAAACUAUCCCUGAGCACUUCAUCUACCAGUCUUUUAAACACCUCUAGGGAUGCUGUCUCAGCCACCUCCCUGGGCGGCCUGUACCAGUGCUUUAAAACCCUUUAGGUGAAGAAAUUUUUCCUGAUGUCUAAUCUGAACCUCCCAUGGUGCAACUUGAGGCUGUUUGCUCUUGUGCUGUCACUUGCUACUUAGGAGAGGAGACCAACACCCACCGCUCCACAACCUCUUUUCAGGCAGCUGUAGAGAGCAAUAAGGUCUCCCCUCAGCCUCCGUUCCUCUAGGCUAAACGACUCCAGUUCCCUCAGUCGCUUCUCAUAAGGCUUGUGUUCCAGCCUGUUCACCAGCUUCGUUGCUAUUCUCUGGACACGCUCCAGCACAUCAGUGUCCUUGUAGUGGGGGACCCAAAACUGCACACAGUAUUUGAGGUGUGGCCUCACCAGUGCUGAGUACAGGGGCACAAUCACUUCUCUGCUCCUGCUCGCCACACUUUCUGCUACAUGCCAGGAUGCUGUUGGCCUUCUUGGCCACCUGAGCACACUGCUGACUCAUGUUUAGCCGGCUGUCACCCAGCACACCCAGGUCCUUCUCUUUCCAGCCACUCUUUCCCAAGCCUGUAGCAUUGCAUGGGGUUGUUGUGUCCUAAGUCAACGGCCCUUGGUCUUGUUGAACCUCAUACCAUUGGUCACAGCCCAUUGAUCCAGCCUGUUCAGAUCCCUGCGUAGAGCAUUCCUACCAUCGAGCAGAUCAACACUUCUGCCCAGAAGUGUUCACUUGUUUCCAAUAUAAUUUGAUAGGGAUUUUUUUUUAGUGUGUUCAAGAUAAUAGUUUCUUUCUGUAAUUUUAGAUUUGAAUGUCAAAAGCAGGGGAGGAGGGUUGUUUGCUUUUUUUUGUUUCCUGUACGUGAGCUUAAGCCACAAUCCUGCAAAAAACUCCCUCUGGAAGAAAACCCACUCUGACCAUGUAGACCUUACUGCUGAAUUACUGUGGAAAGGUUCUGAUCUUUCUGCCAGAAGGUUUUUGGGGUUUGAGAGCUAGAUUCACUGAGAGAUUUAGGUGAUAAAUUUGUAGUUUUCUGGUAUUUAAAGACAUACGUUUGCAUGGGUGUUAACAAGAAUAGUAAAUUUGCAGAGUUUGGUGUUCCUUAGGUGUUUAAACUUUUGUGAUUCCAGCUACUUGCAACAGAUAGAUCGUAACAGCGAGGGAUUUAGUGUGCAGUUUUGAACUUUGGAAUUGCAGUUCAUGUUCAAACUCUGUUUUAAGCCCCUACGUGACUUCCUCAAUUUCAACUAUAUUCAUCUGUGUAUUACAAUCAUAGAAAGUCCCGAGCUGGAAAGGACCCACAAGGAUCACUGAGUCCAGCUCCUGUCCCUGCACAGGACCGCCCCAACAUUCACCCCACGUGUCUGAGGCUGAUGUCCCAAUGCUUCUUGAAUAUUGUCAGGCUUGGCACCAUGACUGCUUCCCUGGGGAGCCUGUGCUGGUGCUCCACCGCCCUCUGGGAGAACAUCGUUUUCCUAACAUCCGACAUAACCCUCCCCUGGCACAGCUUCUUGCCAUUCCCUUAGAUCCUAUCACUGGUCACCAGAGAGAAGAGAUCAGCGCCUGCUCCUCCUCCUUCCCUUCUGAGGAAGCAGUAAACUACAGUGUCUCCCCUCAGUCUCCUCUUCUCCAAGCUGAACAGAAAAAGUGAUUUUAGCUGCUCCUCUUCCCUUCUAAAGUAUUCACCAACUUUGUGAUCCUCCUCUGGGCACUUUGCAGUAUCUUUAUAUCCUUUUUAUACUGCGGCAUCCAAAACUGCACACCACACUCGAGGUGGGGCCGCACCUGUGCGGCGUAGGGUAGGACAGUCACCUCCCUCGGAGAGCUGGCAGUGCUGUGCUUGGUGCACCCCGGGACAUGGUUGUCCCUCUUGACUGCCAGGGCACACUGUUGGCUCAUGUUCAACUUGACAUCGACCGGAACUCCUAGAUCCCUUUUUCCAGGAUGGUUCUGCAGCCGUUUGCUCAUAAGUCUGUAUGUAUAGCAAUAUUACUUUAUUUGCAUUUCAAAAUUCACCUUUUAUGGGCCUUAAGCAAACAUGGUCGGCUAAUUUCUCUCAGAUUAAGAAAAAAAUCUUGAAAUAGUCCAAUACAAAUCUACUUAAUUGUUCUCCUCAGUUUUGAACAGAUAUGUUGCAUGUUAUUUAACAUUUAGCUUUUAUGUCCAGUUGUGUCCUGUUGAAUACCUUUUAGAAGGGCAUUCAGACAUAUUCUGUGAUAUAACAAAAAAGAGAAAAUAAAGACAUUCAGAAGUUACUUUAAAGUAUUAAAUAGAUAUUUAUUUUACUUAGGUGUCUGUUUCAUCUUCAAUUUGAAGACUAUAUUUACCUGUUUUACACUGAAUUAUCAUUCAUUACAGAAGUUUUAUUUCAGUGAAUAAAUUUUAUCAGUUUUGCAUGUGCAGGGUAUUUUACAAACAGAAGCUGAAAUAAAGCAGAGGAAGUCACCUUUGGGGCUUGAUACAUUUAUUAAGACUUUGGAAAAGGACAGAGACUACUAUGGAAGUGCGACUGAGAAUUUGCUGAAGGUAUUUAGAAACAAAUUUUCAAGUCCAAAGUGAAUCUCUACUCGUGGCAACAUGUCAAAAAAAAUUUCAUUCAUCCAGGGACCGAGUUCUGAUCCAGAAGUUUUGAAAUUAUGGAGAGAACGUGAAGAACUUAAGUCAGCACUGAAAAAACUUGAGCGCCAUGUAGUAGAAAUUCAGGGUAACUUCAAAGUUUUAACAGCUGAGAGAGACAAUGCUGUCAGUCUUUAUGAACAGGCACAGGAAGAGAUUUCCCGACUUCGUCAGGAACUUAUCAAAUGCGCCGGGACUACUAAAAGUGCUGUGACAGCUCAUGCCGUAUUAAAACAUGUGGAGAUAGAAAGGGAUACAGCACUGUUAGAUUUCCGAAGGAUGGCUACAGAACGUGAUAGCCUCAGGGAACAGUUAAAGAUUUCCCAAGAAAUUGCAUUUAAUGAAAGGGCUCAUUUGGAACAGAGAAUUGAAGAGCUGGAAACUACCAUUCAAAACUUAGAUAGUGAAUGUUUAGAACAGAUGACUAAAGUGGCGCUAAUGAAAGACACCAUUGAUUCUCUGGAAACUGACAUGAAAAGGUUGGCAAGAAGAGCACUGGACUCUGAAACUGAGCUGAGCCGACAGGAAGCUGAAUAUGUUUCACUUAGUUUAUUGAAGGAAAAGACAGAACAGAGUCUUUCAGAGGCUCAGCAAAACCUUGCUGAGAAAAAUUAUGAAAUACAACUUACCCAAAAUAAAAUUAUGCUUUUGGAUGAAAAAAUUGAUAACUUUUCAAGACAAAAUUUUGUACAACAAGAGGAGAUCUGUACUUUGAAAGAAGCAAUUGCACAACUUGGCAAAGAGAAGGCAUCUUUGCAAGACCGUCUGGAAGAAGGAAGAGAGAAGAUUGCUACUUUUGAGGAAAGCCUGGCAGUUAAAGAGAAAACGAUUUCAGAUUUCAGGAUUCUUACUUCUGAGCUGAAGCGUUCCACAAAAAAAUGUGCUGAAGCACUGUGUGCCCAUGAGAAAGAUAUUGCCAGUUUGCAUCAACAGCUACAGAAUGCCAACGAAGAACUUGCACAGGCUAACAAGGACAGAGAAUCAUUAGCUCAGGAGAAUGGCAGGUUGCAAGAGCACCUUUCUAAUAUUAAGCAAGAAAAUCAGGUAUAUUUGGAUGGAGAACCAUUGACUAAAAAGAAAAACUGUAUUUUUCAAGUAAUGCAUAGCAUUGUUGGGUCCUCAUCUGAAGUACUACAUCAAAAAGUAGCAAAGUACCAAAAUGAGCUUGAUGACAUGAAGUUAAAAGCCCAGAAUUUAAAUAUGGAUAUUGCCAGCCUGAAGGGUGUAUUGAACUCAAAAGAGAGAGAAAACUGCAAGCUUUUGAAGAAUUACCACAGAGCCCGUGAACAUGGAGAAAGCUGGGAAGCAAAAUGGCAUCAAGCAGAAGCAGAUUGUAGCACUGUUAGACUGGCACUGAUCACUGCGGAGUCUGAGAACCGCAUGUUGAAAGAGAAAAUUGAGUCCCUUGAAACAGAGGUGGAGCAACUGCAGAGGGAAUGUGAGUCAUCCCAUUCUGAAAUAGAACUGCUCAGAAAACAACUGGAAAAUGAAGGAGCAUCUAAGAAAAGAUUGGAAUCUUUGUUUGUGUCCAGUCAUGAGAAAGAAUUUCAGUCACAGCUAGCAAAGCAAGGAAAAGACUCUGAAAUUCAGUUUCUCAAGGAACAGCUUUCUGUAGCGGAAAAUAAACUUGCUGCACAGAGUCAAAAUCUUACUCAGCUCAGAAACAGAGCAGCUCAGCUAGAAUCGGAACUGAAUAUCGCCAAAAGACAGCUGGAGACAGAGCGUUUCGAAAGGGAACGUGCUGUACGGGAGCUUCGACACCAGAGUCGUACAGUCUCAUAUCAGUUAAGCUCUACGUUAAGAUCACUGUCACCCGAACGUUCCCAUCAUGAACCUCCUGACUGGUCUCUGGAUUGUUCUCAGGAAGGGAAUUCUUGUUCCAAGGACUCAUAAUAUAUUACAUUCACAAUGGCUCUUGAAGACUCUGCAUACCACCUGGAGAGUCAGAGUUCAAGUUUAAUGCUCAAUUAAUUAUCAUUUUUCCCUGCUGAAUGCCAAAUUCAUUAAAUCUAUUUCACAAAUGCUUUCACAGGUUUUUCAUCAUGCUUCAUGUUGUUCGGUGGAAAGAAACCUGUCUAGACAGCUUGCUCUCCCACCCCUCUCCCAGCUUGUGUAUUAUUGGGCUCAUCUCGGUAAACACAAUAAACCCCCUUGCAAGUUCCAUCAACUAUACUGAUAGUAUCCUUUUCAUUUAAAAGGGUACAUAAUUUUAAAAGGCUAUUGAUAUAACUGAAGAAAGGAGAAGAAAAUGACAAUAUGAAACUUGAGGGAAAAAGUGUCUAAAUUAAGGUGUUACGAUUUGGAUGUAUAUUUGCUGAACUGUGUGAGUAUUAUGCUUGAGAGAAUGAUGCGCCACCUCAAGACAGAAAGAGUUUGGGUUCCCCCCACCUUCAGACCUGACUGUCAUAUUAAUUUGGAUAACUAAGAUAGUAAAGCCAGCAAAUGCCAGUGUUUUGAUAUUCAUCUAUGAAGAUAGAUGUAUAUUUUUUAUUGAAUCAUGGAAUGGUUUGGGUUGGAAGGGACCUUAAAGACUAUCCAGUUCCAGCCCCCUGCCAUGGGCAGGGACACCUCCCACCAGACCAGGCUGCCCAAGGCCCCAUCCAACCUGACCUUGAACACCUCCAGGGAGGGGGUAUCCACGGCUUCCCUGGGCAACCUGUGCCAGUGUCAUGUUUUCAAACAUACUGGAGGUAUGUUCAACUUCUAAGAGUUUUAUUAGAACUGCAAAAGUCUCUACUUCAGUUUCUUUCAUAUGAGUGGGUACUGCUCGGUGGUAAUUACUGGCACAUAAAUUUGCUUAGAAUUGCUGUACUUUACGUCAUAACAUUUGUCUACCUUCUAUAAUUCUCACACAUUAAAUGCAAGAGAAAAUGUAAAAUUCUGUCCUGUAAGUCAUCUGAGACAUCUAUACUUCUGUAUUAGAAAAGUAAUUCCUCUUAAAUUCAUUUAAAUUUAUCAAUUUUUUUUAAUAGAUUCACCCUUCUUGCUAUCUUUAUAAAGGAAUUUUAAAAAGGUCUCCAGUUUAUUUUUGAAAGCAGAGUCACAUUGAUUGUGGUAAUGGGUCAAACAUACAUCUUGCAUGUUCCUUCCUAUGAAUUUGGUUUGUGAGAACCUGACUACUAAACAUUAAUAUUUGAGUAAUGAUUAAAUGCAGCAUAACCCGUAUGAAUGCUCCUUUUAAAACCUAUUGAUAGGAGCUGUAGAUAAGAUUUUAUGUUGCUUUUUAGGAACAGGUAGAUUUAAAAAGCCUGUAAAAGUAUUUUGAGGAAUAAUGUAAGAAAAAAAAAAGGUAAAAUAUACAUAGAUGCAUGUAACAUAAAUUCUAGGAUUAUCUUCCAUAAAAGCAACAAUAGUUUGUCAGUACAAGUGACUUGAUUUUGAUUUGUAGGUCCCAAUUCUUCAUUCUUUAUUUGACAGAUAGCCACAGAUGUCAUUUCAGCAGUCUCCAGAGUUAGUGGGACUACUUGCAGAUGAUAAAGACUGUAGGAUGAAACAUAAUGAUAUUAACCAUUUCCACGUUGUGCAGCUGUUAAAGGCACAGUGUAUGCUUUUCCCAGAUGAGAGAAGAUGGUUACCUCAUCAUCCCAGGAGAUAAGAAAGUUGUUUUGCAAUCAUGUUGCCAUAUUGAAGUUUUUUAGAAGAUGAUCAACAAAAAAGUUUGAGAAACAUAAUCCUAAGCUAUAAAACUCAUACCCUGUCAUUUAGAAGAUCAGAAGGAGAGAUUAGGUAAACAAAAAAUAGAUAAAACUGGGUUAUUUUUAGGUGCACAGACACAGUGCAGAGGCCCAUGUUCUAGGGUGCAAUUCCUUAGUUGCAGUAAUGGUAUACAAGAUCUCAAAGAAGCCAGUGAUGAGGUGCUCCCUAACCAAGUAAAAGGGCAAGAUUCUUAAAGAUUUGGACUUCAAAAUUCUUAAGUAGAGAGGGUUAAGGGAAUAUGAGAUUAUAAAUAUCAAGAUGUAAUAAACUUGCAUUUUGUAGAGUACACUGAUAAAGUAAUAGCCUUUAUUCUAGGGGUAGCCUUUGUUUAGAAGAUGUUACAGAAAUUAGAACCUUAUUUUUCUGCAGGCAAAUUGCAGAGACCAUCAGAUUGUGGAAGGAAGUUUUCUCAAUGGUGAUGAGUUGUAGACUUCAAGGGACUUCUGCCAGCAAUUAAUUGCUAUGUAAUUACUGCUGGUUAAAAACAAAAAGAAAUCAUUCAAGUGAGUAUAUUCAGAGAGCAAUAUUGCCAUAGUGGCAACCCCCAUGCAUCUGUCCUAACGCAAAGUCAGAAACUGAAAGAAAUUAAAAAUGAAAGAAGUCAUUGAAUUCGCUGAAGUUUGCAAAUAAUACCUUUUAGUUUAACAAAAAAAGCUGCUUGUUGGCAACGUCUCUAGUAAUAACCCAAGAGGACCUGAACAGUGUUUCCUGGUUGGGAAUUGUACGUAUCAGCCCAAUAGUAUAUUCUAAAAACCUUCCGAUCAUUGCUGAAUAUGAAACCUUGCUUCACCCUUAAGUAAAGAUAGAUAAUGAGCUCAAACAGAGUAUCUACAGUUCUUUACUUUUUGUUGCAAUCUCUCUAAUCUAUAACACGCCUUAAUUGUUUUAAAACCCAGGAAGGAAGUACUCCUGCUGAAUGCCCAAACUGAAAGGUGUAACACAUUUCGUGAUAGUACGCAUUUCCUUGCAAUGUGGGUUACUCAUGGAAGGGUGAUUUUCUUGUGGUUGCUUUGAUACAGUACUUUGGUUAGAAAGAAACAUACAUGUUUGUUUGACUUUGUGACGCUUAUUUGCGACUGUGAACAAUGUUAUUCUUGUUUUUUAUACAUUUUUAAAUUGCCUUUUACCACAAUAUUUUUACAUAGGCAAACCCGAAAAUACCAUUUGUGCUCUUAUAUGAAAUAAGAGCAUGUUAAACUUGUUCUCAGCCACUCUGUGAUGACCUGAAAUUAUCUGUUUUGCUUUACAAAGAAUCCCUUACUGUUUCAAAAAGUAUUCAUGCUUUUCUACAGCAAUACUUUUCUAAGUUUUAGCUACUGGUUAUGGAGUUGUUUUCAACAGAGUUUGUGUACACGUGGCAAUGGGAAGUGUCACCAUUAAGCAGUACAAGGUAUUUUACUUGAGCAUAACUGGUUUACAGGGUUUGUAGAAGAAAGAAUUCAGUGCCUCUGGUAUCCUUCCACGUUAGUCUCUUUUUCUUCAUAGUGGAAGAAACAGGAGCUACUAAGAAUACCAAACAGUCUCUCCGUUACCAGUAUAGUCCCACCAACAAGGAAGAAUUCAUUGUAUGUUGCUGGGUAGAAGUAUUUAGCUGUAUUUUUGUAAAAUCUAAGCAAGCAAUCUGUCAGCAGCAUUUGGAACCAAGUAUCUAUGUGAUUUACCCUGCUGUUUCCACUCAAAGAAAAUCAGGUAUUUUUUUCUUUUCAGUAGCCAAUAAAGCUUGAA